GAUGUUGCCGAGGCAGCUCCGCGCGUGCAUUGAGCGGUGCGUCCCGUGGACAGGGAGUCGUCGUGGUCCCGGUGCUGCUCCUCACGACUGUCUGUGAUCAGAGGAUUUCUGGGAGCUGCUUCAAAAAAGAAGAUUUGAUAAGGAAACUGCAAGAUCCUGAAUGAAGAAAGAAUAACAUCUGCACCACCGGAAAAGCAGAGACAACAUAACAGUACAAUGUAGUGCUCUCUAAGUACCUGUCUGGCUGCUGGCUCUAUAGGGAGGCACUAAUGGAGCAGCUCGGCGAGGACCUGAACCUCUCCUUUUUACUUGAACAUGAACGAGACAUGAUCCUGAAAGUGUUACAGAAAGAUGAAAAACUGAGGAAGCGUGAGGAGAAGCGUAUACGGAAAUUGAAGAAUGAGUUGCUGGAAAUAAAGCGUAAAGGCUCUCGUAGGCCUAAGGAUGUGGGGGAGCGACAGUGUGGACGCUGCCUGAAGAAUCUGGGGCUGAUUUUUGACCGAGGAGAUCUCUGCGAGGAGUGUAAGCUGCGGGUUUGCAAUGACUGCCGCACCGCUGCCCCCUCAGGACGCCAGUGGAGGUGCAACGUGUGUGCAAAGAUGUUAGAGCUCAAAGUGGUGACGGGAGAGUGGUUCUUGGAGGAGAGGUCAAAGCGCUUCGAGGAGGGAGUUCUGAGCAGCGAUGUGAUUAAACAGACCAUUCUAAGCAGCCCCGUUGUUACAGAAAAAAAAUCCCCUGAACCUGUGUUGAGCUCCACGGAAAUGGAGAGGCCGGAGACUCCAAAAUCUACAAAAUCAGCUAAAUCCGCCAAAAGUGCAGUGCGCCAUGUUGUGGAUGGGGUCAGAAGGAAAGGGAUGAAGAUGGACAAAAGGGGCAGUCGGCCAAAUCUAAAGCCCGAGAAUGGAGUCGACAGUGUCAGUUUGAAGUCUGCCCCAGAAGGAGACGCUCAGAGUGUGUACAGCGCUCGCUCGGCUCCCAGUCCUCGCUCCAGAGGUGGUGCUGUAGCCUUGGAGUCUUCAGGAACACCAACAAUACUGAACAACCUUCGUCCACAAACUGCAGAUCGAACAUCUACGUCCAGCAAUGGCCGGAGGGUCAGGCCCGAUGGAGCAGAGAGUGUGGCCAGUUUACACUCCAAUGACAAUGUCUCUGAGAAGAAACCUGAGGACAAUCACUGCACAGAUCCAGACGCUCCGGCCAUUUCUGUGUCCAGAGCUUCUGUCUCGUCAGAUCACAGUCGGUCAGAGAUGGAUCUGUCAGCUCCAGCUACUGAGCACAGUGAAGACGCCUUUAGCCUGAGAAGCCGCUCCGUCCCUGGGCUUAAUGAAACAGAGUUUUCUGAUGAGGAAGAGGACAUCGAUGCUCUGAUGUCAGCUCACAGUGUCACAGCCGGACAACGCCUGAGCAACACAGUGUCCAUGAGUAGCAUCAACAGCAUGAUGAGCAUGUACAGCGAGACCGGUGACUAUGGCAACGCCCGGGUGAGCGGGGAGAUCCUGCUCAACAUCAGCUACAGCUACAAAACCGGGGCUCUCAAUGUCCUGGUGAAGGAGUGCCACAACCUAGCAACGGGAGACGACAGACGGCAACGCACAGAUCCAUAUGUAAAGACUUACCUUCUUCCUGAUAUGUCUCGUCAAAGCAAGAGGAAAACCACUAUUAAGGCCAACACUAUUAACCCUGUUUAUAAUGAAAAUCUACGGUAUGUCAUCAGCCACUCACAGUUGGAGACCCGAACUUUGCAGGUCUCCGUCUGGCACCACGACCGUUUUGGGCACAACAGCUUUCUGGGUGAAGUGGAGCUGUCCUUUGACUCCUGGGAGUUUGAUUCCCAAAUAGAGGAGUGGUACUCGCUGCAGCCCAAGGUGGAGAGCUUUAUGGACACUACCAUGCAGUACAAAGGGGAGCUGACUGUAGUUUUGAAGUAUAUUCCGGCAGAGAAGAACCUCACACUGCCGCUGGAUCAAGUACAACAAGUGAAAAAAAGUUUCCUGAAAGGCAAAAAGACCAGCAGCUUCACUCUACCAAAAGGAGGCAUGGUUGAGCUGCUUGUGAGAGGAGCCAAAAACUUAACAGCAGUCAAAUCUGGAGGGACCUCUGAUCCAUUUGUUAAAGGAUAUCUACUCCCAGACAGCACAAAGUCAACCAAGCACAAGACGGAGGUGGUGAGGGGCACAGUGAACCCCAUGUGGAACCACACCUUCACCUACUGCGGUUUGCAGCCAGGAGACCUCAACAACGUGUGUCUGGAGCUGACCGUUUGGGACAAAGAGGCACUGGCCAGCAAUGUCUUCCUUGGAGGGGUCCGACUUGGAGCUGGGACAGGUAAGAGCUAUGGGAAAGAGGUGGACUGGAUGGACUCAUAUGGAGAGGAGCAGAGGUUAUGGCAGCGAAUGAUUGAGAAUCCAGAAGUCCCUCAUGAGUGUACGCUGAUGCUGCGGUCCAGUAUGCGCAAGCACUUCACAUGAGCUGCCCCCAAGCACACAAAAGACAAUAUCAGAGGAAGAGCCGAAAGAAGCAGUAUCGACGUGAGGAGAAAGCAGACGGACAAACAAGUUUGUGUUAGAUCGGAAAUCAUUCAUGAAGGAGUGUGGCUUGGGCCAUAUCUGUGGAGCCAGUCAUGCCUUACAUCCACAUGUGCCACCAUCGUCCACAAUAACCAAGUAGUAAUUUACUGCUGUAUAUCAAGCACAUAAAACUCCUCCAUUUCUGCAUGUCGUAAUAGUGGACCAAGGCCAACAAGGGCAACUACAAUUCUAUAACAUUCCCUUUAAAGGCAGCAGAGUUGUCCUUUGUCUUGGUCUGACACAUGAUGCUUAUACAAAAUUUGAACAGAGGUGGAAAUGGUUCUUAUCUCUGACUAAUUUUCUCACAAAAGAGGAACAAAAUUGAGAAAAGCACAAAAGCAAAAAGACAGUUGUAAAACGGCCUAAUCAAAGCCCUUUCCAUUUUGUACAUGACAGAUUAUCUACCUAAUUGUAUUAUAUAAAUGUAGAAAACACUUAAGAUUUGAAGUUAUUCUCUCUCCUAUAAUAAAUAUUUAUGUACUUGCAGUAACAUUCCACCUCUGGCUGUCUGCAAAUGUGUAGAUUAUAGAAAAUGUCAAUUAGUUUUAGAUUAAGUCAACAUAGCACUGUAUCAGUGUAAAAACAAAAACAGCAUGGUGUUAGAAAAACACGUAGAACAAAAACUGCAAAGCACUCAAUGUGACGUCAGUUUGAUUUGGAGUGUUGAGUCACAGCUGAGAUGGCCCCCUUCAUCGGAGGAGGAGCCUUUUCAUUGCAGCUGUCCUUAUAGAUCUAUAAUAUGAUCUUAUUAUACCUUCAUGUCUAAUUACACCCAUUUCUCAACACUACUUUUAGAUGCUUAUCCCAGCCUGAUAUCGGAGCUGCAGUCCCACAUAGCACAAUUAUAAAUAAUAAUCCACAGUGUUUGUGGUUUAGUCAAGAGGCCCGUGCAAUACAUUUUACUGAAGACAUUAUCUUUAUGUACAGCAUGAACUACUUCUGUUGUGUCCAAGUUUUCAAGCAUCCAACUAUUUUGUCCAAAUGUGUUACAAGAAUAUUUUUAAAUAAAUGCAUCUUUCCAUACAA